AUGAAUUCACGUCCAGCAUCACGGUCUAAUUCGCUGUCAAACGUAAAUGCACGCCCUCCUGUGCUUCGAGAUUCAACAUCAGAAAAUAAUUCAGCAUCGCCUCCUUUUCCAAGUCGAGUGCAACAGGUUAUGGACGAUCUGCAGCCUCUGGCCAGACGACAGUCUUUUCACAACGAACUACCCGAAUCCCCUCCAAGAUCACAGUCGCCACGUACCCUUCCACGAGGACGAACGCAUGAUCAUAGGGCACUCUCACCACCGGUACCUAUUGUAAAUACAGCGAACUCUAUACAUCCGCCUUUGAAUGAUGUUACUGCUCUCGAUGAAUAUAUAACGUCAGAUCCCAACAAUUUGAUUCAGAUCUUGCCCGACCUCAUAAACCUUCUCGAGCGGUUUUGUCUCGACUAUCCAGAAACGUGUCAGGACGUAUGGAGUAAACUGAAAAUCACAUUAGAGUAUGCAGAACGGAAAAAAGCUGCCAUAGCCAAAACGCUGCCAAAAAUCGAAACACCGACAUCCCCAAUAUGUGCUCCUAUAUCCUAUGAAUGGACUAACGUACAUAAUGAAGUGAUACGUGAUGAUUACGCAUACCUAAAUCAAAAAGAGAAUCCGCAGGUGCUCGACUAUAUUGAGAGGGAGAAUGCUUAUUCGUCAAAGAUGUUGGCCCACACAAAACCACUACAAAAGUUACUGUACAAAGAAUUCGUAUCUAGAUUAGAUGAAGCCGAAGGAUCAGCUUCAGUCAUUAUGCCAGACGGGUUUAAGUACUACACUCGGAAAGUGCCUGGCGAGGAGUAUCUCGUGCACUGUAGGCAGGAUCCAGAAACAGGUGUAGAAGAUGUCUAUCUGAACGAAAACGAGCUAGCGAAUUCGGAAGCCUUUGCUGAUGCCUCCUUCUUCCAUUUGGGAUUCUCUAAACAUUCCACCGAUAUGAAACUGGUAGCUUACGGCAUAGAUUCAUCAGGAAAUGAACGUAAUAGUGUCUUCUUCCUCAAUAUCGAGACCAAGGAGACUCUAUCAGAUAGGUUAGAAGGAGUGUACGAGCAUCUCGAGUUCUCGAACGACUCAAAGUCCGCAUACUAUACUUUUUUGGACGAUUACGAACGUGCAUACCAGCUAAAACGACAUCAUAUUGGAUCAGUUGAUCCACCUGUAAUACUCUAUCAUGAAGAAGACGAAAUGUUUUUCUUGACAUUAACCAAAUCUUGUAACAGCAAGUACAUAAUCUUGAACAGCUCAGCACAAGUGACGAGUGAAACACGGUAUAUAUCAGCUGAAGAUUCGUCUGAUGUGCCGCAUCUCUUAAUACCGAGAAGAGAAGGAAUGCAGUAUUCAUGUGAGAAUCAUGAUGGCUGGUGGUACAUCUUGACCAACGACGAUGCCAAAAACAAGUGGAUGUUUAGAGUGCCCGUAUUGGAAAAUCUAAAACCACAACCGCAGAAUUGGGAAGAAUGGUAUGAGCAUCGAGAAACCGUUAUAGAACACCGUGAUUUCGUCUUGGUUGAAGAUUACCAACUCCGCAAGAACCACCUAGUAGUGUUUGAAAGAAGUAAUUGUCUUCAAAACAUCCGUAUAAUUGAUUUGUCUGUGUCUGGGUUCACAUCUUAUCAUUAUGUCGGAUUUGGCGAAAUGGUUUACGCUCUCUGGCCUGGGUCAGUGAACGAAGAAGUUGCCGACUUGUCAAAAACCGCACUAUUUGAUACCAAUAUCUUACGAUUCACAUAUACGAGUUUCGUUCAACCGAAACAAGUGGUGGACUAUAAUAUGGAUAUGAGGACCAUGAAAGUCGUUCAUGAAGAACGAGUACAAGGAGACAUGCCAUACGAUCCAGCACUAUAUAGCUCACGUCGAUUGUUUGCAACAGGCAUAGAUGGUACGACAGUGCCUAUAUCUCUAGUAUACAGGAAGGAUCUGCUUGGAAUGAAUAUGUUACCAGCAGUCCCAAAUCCGUGUCUGCUCCAUUCAUAUGGCGCGUACGGUGCUUGUGUGCAGCCAAUCUUUAGCACAAGUAGAUUAUCAUUACUGGAUCGUGGAUUCGUAUAUGCUAUUGCCCAUGUGCGUGGAGGUGCAGAAAUGGGAAACGCAUGGUAUGAAGAAGGCAAACUCUCAAAGAAGCCAAACACAUUCCAGGACUUUGUGUCUGUUGCAGAAUAUCUAUGUAAAGAAGGGUAUACUUCUCCCGCCAAACUUGCCAUUUAUGGACGAAGCGCUGGUGGAUUGCUAAUUGGUGCUUCAAUCAACUUGAGACCAGAAUUGUUUCGAUCUGCAUUGACAGAGGUUCCAUUUGUUGAUGUUAUCAAUACCAUGCAAGUUUGA